AUGGAAUUGGAAGAAUAUCAUUUAAAAGAAAAGAAUUCCGGCGAUGAAAUUAAAGAAUGCAAUUCAGAUCUUUUAUCUUUGAAGAAAAAAUUGGAUAAAUCUCAAAGUCAGUUGAGUGAUUCAAAGAAGGAAUUGGAACAAUAUCUGUUCAAAGAGAAGGAUUCCGGCGAUGAAAUUAAAGAAUGCAAGUCAGAUCUUUUAUCUUUAAAGAAAAAAUUGGAAAAAUCUGAAAGUGAUUUGACUGACUCAAAUCAUUUAGUUGAAAGACACUCUCUACAACUAAAUCAAACUGAGAUAAAUCUAAUCAAGUGCCAGGAAAGAUCUUCAAAAACUGGUUGCAAAGGCCUCCCAUCGGGAAUUCAUACAGUUGAAAUUCCCGGACUCAAGACAAUUGCUCCUCUCUGCAACGGAGAUAUAGAAGGUGGCGGUUGGAUAGUUAUCCAUAAACGAUUUGACGGCAGCGUUGUCUUUCAAAGAUCUUGGUAUGAGUAUCGUAACGGAUUCGGUAACAAGGAGGGCGAGUUCUUCAUUGGGCUCGAGAACUUGCAUCGCAUUACCAAUUCCCAAGUCUAUGAAUUGUACGUGCAACUAGGAUAUUUCAAUGGAACUUACCUCUUUGCCAGAUAUGAUAAUUUCAGAAUUGGUAAUGAAGCAACGAAGUACAAGUUGGAGUCGUUGGGAGAGUUUAAAGGGACAGCUAGGAAUGCUAUGGGCAGGGAUGUGAAUCAAGCAUUUUCCACUUUUGACCAUGACAAUGAUCAAUGGAAAUACGGAAAUUGUGCAACACGUGAUGGUGCCUGGUGGCACAAGGAUUGUAGCUGGAUGUAA